AUGUCAGCGCCGCCAUUCAAGGUCAAGGCCGUCUACGAAUAUGCGAGCCCCCACGAAGACGACCUCCNNCCCUUCCCCGAAGGCCAGAUCAUCACCGUCAUAGCUCUGGAAGACGCCGACUGGUACGAGGGCGAGUACACCGAUGCUUCGGGCAACAAGCACGCCGGUCUGUUCCCCAAGAAUUUCGUCGAGCGCUACGAGCCAGAGAUCCCUUCACGACCCGCCAGACGCCCUACUUCCGAGGUCCGCUCUCCUCCUCCACAACCUCCUGNNUACCCGAACCUGGCCCUGGUCACUUCCCCGAGGAAGCUGAUGAGGACGGCGAUGAUGAUGACAGCUUUGCCGAGCCACCACCUGUCCCUGCUCAAUCAAACUCCCUCAGAACCUGCCAAGGCCGAGCCUCCUAAGAAAGAGCCUCCACCUGUGAGCAGCAAGCCGAGUUCGUUCAGAGACCGUAUCGCCGCAUUCAACAACGCAGGAGCAGCUCCUGUGGCUCCCUUCAAACCCGCCGCUCCUACCUUCAUCAAGAAGCCGUUCGUCGCACCUCCUCCGAGCAAGAACGCAUACAUUCNNCCUCCACCCAAGGCCGAGCCAGUACAGAAGGUUUACCGAAGAGAAGAGGAUCCAGACAUCCAGAAAGAGCAAGCUCAAGCAGAUGAGAAUGCCGCAAAGGCUGGUUUGUUGCCUUCAGACCAUCCUCAAUCCCCCACUGGCGAAGAGGAGGAGGAUCAACCCAAGCCUCAGAGUUUGAAGGAGAGAAUUGCCAUGUUGCAGAAGCAGCAAAUGGAGCAAGCAGCCCGAAGAGCAGAUGUCAGCGACAAACNNCAAAGCCCAAGAAGCCCGUCAAGAAGAACACAGAUGAAUCCACAGAGUCUGNCUGCUGCUGCUGCUCCACCUCCAAUUCCGCAAGCACAUGUGCCAGCCGCUGAAGAAGAGGAUGAUGCGGUCCAAGCAGAACCAGCAGAACGUCAGGUUCGCCAAUCCCUGGAUCAACCUCGCGAUCGCGAACGUACUCGUGGCGCUUCUGCUCGUGGGGUGUCCCGUGAACCCGCAUUGCCUACUGCUGGAGACGAGGUCUUGAGCGACUCCAACGAUGCCGACAUGUCUGGAGCUGGAGAUGUCACAGAAGAGAACGACAUUGACAGCGACUCGACACAACCCGCCAGAAAGUCGAUGCAAUCUCAACGCGCACCGGCAGCUCCAGUUCAAGAAGCAGAUGUUGGCGAACAACAAGACACAACCGAAGAUGAUGAGAGCGAAGAGGAUGAGAUGGAUGCAGAGACUCGCCGUCGUAUGGAGUUGAGAGAACGUAUGGCCAAGAUGAGUGGUGGCAUGGGCAUGGCAGGCAUGUUCGGAGCCCCUGCUGGCAUGCCUGGUAUGAUGGCACCUGCUCCUCCCAAGCCCAAGAAGACCAAGGAGCCCAAGCCUGAGCACGAUGAGGCAGCCGCGCCUGCUCCUGCUCAAGCACCUCGUGUGCCAGUCAUGCCUGGCAUGCAGACAGCACGUAGUCCCGAGGUUGAAGACAGACAGCUCGCAGUUGAGAAGGAAGCUGAGCAUGACACAUCGAUCACGAGCGAGAGAGACCCUUUGACUGUGCCAGACGUUGAGGAUGUCAAGCCUCAGCCACCACCACACAUCGAGCCUGUACACCGUGUGCCCCCAAUCCCGCAAGGUGAAACGUCCUCUAGNCAUCCCCAACUAGCGAACGCGCUCCUCCACCGCCGGUUCCUGGCGCUCGUCCUGUGCCUGCCCCUCCAGUCCCUGAGAGUGAGCCGACCUGUACCUCCACCUCCACCUCCGGUAGACACGCAGAUGGACCCCACCGAAGGCGAAGAAUCGGAUGACGAACGCUCUCUGGCUCCUAUAAGACAGUCAACAGAUGUGUCUCGAGGCGCUCCUCCACCCGUUUCCAGACCAGAGGCCAACCGCUCACCUUCUAUGGGAUCGACAAAGCGUGCUUCGACCUUUGGCAGCAUAGAUGCCAUGUCGCCUACCUCACCUGUCACUCCUGCCUCUGACAGGAGACAAAGUCGCAUUCCUCCCAUCCCUGGCACUUUGGCAACUCCUCCCCAAGCUCGUGCUCCUCCUCCACCUCCGCCAGCCGGUGCUCCUCAACUUCCUCCAAUCAUCCCGAGCGCUCCUCUGGGCGAGCCCGAUGAAGGUGAAAGUGAAUACGAAGGCGACUACGAUACCGACAUCGCUUCGGGUGUCAACCACAAGGAUGCCCUAAAGUCGCAUGUCAGAGAUUCGAGCCUCGAUGAGCCAGAUGUGCCUGCUCCUGCUCCUGCUCCUGCUCCUGCUCCUCGUGCCGUUCCUCCUCCACCUCCAACUCAACCUCCGCCACCGACCAGAGCCUCAAUUGAUGCUCCUCGUGUUGCUCCUCCACCUGUUCCAGUCCAUGCGCCUGCCCAACAACAGUAUGGGGAAGACGACGAAGAAGACUAUCAAGAACCUCCUCGUGCUCUUCCAAUUCGUGCUGUGCCACCACCUCCACCCACUGCCCCAGCUCCAGUUCCCAUCCAGCAGGAGUAUGUAGACGACAGCUCGGAUGACAUGUACGACGCACCGCCUGCUCGUCCGUCAAUGGACCGUCCACCUCCACCACCUCCAGUCGAUCAAGAUCGUGCUGCUCCUUUGCCUCCUUCUCAACCACCACAAAUGGCUCGAACGGCAACUCACCAGUCUCGCCAAUCACUGGACGUCAGCCGUCCGUCAAUGAACAUGCGUCGUAGCAUGGAUGUUGGCAGACCCUCUGGAGAUGGGCACAUUGCUACAGAUGUCGACCUGGCAGAAUCUUCCCUCUGGUGGGCACAACCCAACACUCCUCCGCCAGUCUUCCAAAACCGAAGCGAUGUUUUGUUCGAAGUCGAGGAAAACGUAACACAAAGACGCGGUGGCAGAACGGCAAUCGCAAAAGACAUUUACGUUCUAUUCAUCGACUACAGCCAAACCGUCAUCACCGCCCGCUACGAUGGCCAAAACCCUCAAGAAGUAUCCUUUGAGCAGAGACACGAACCACCUCCCNCACGUCUCCGUCAAGAUCAACUGGAAACCGCAUGGCAGAAGUACGGCGCCCGCAUGUCCGAAGCCGCAGCUGCCAAANAGGAUCAUGUGGUUGGUGACGGCAGCCCCAACGCUCUUGUGCUCGACCUCCUCAAACCCUUUUCCGACGCACUCAGACCUGUAGGCACUAGAGCCUACGGCGCCCUUGUGUAUGCCAACCUCGCCAACGCCUCCGUGCAGCAAUUCGACGAAAUACGUCCUGGCGAUAUCAUUACCCUGCGCAAUGCCAAGCUUCAAGGUAAACACGGCGCCAUGCAUAAAUCGUAUGCUAUGGAUGUGGGUAUGGGUGUUACUUCUCAUGUUGCUGUUGUUGUUGAUUGGGAUGGUACCAAGAAGAAAGUUCGUGCUUGGGAGCAAGGUAGAGAGAAACAGAAGACCAGGAUGGAGAGUUUCAGACUUGGAGAUUUGAGGAGUGGAGAAGUCAGGGUUUGGAGGGUUGUUGGGAGGGAGUGGGUUGGUUGGGAUUCGUGA